UAAAGGACGGAUAGCUGCCAAGAUGGUGGGCCACCGAAAUAAGCCCGCCAUAAUUAUUGCCAUUCUUGGACUGGCGACGGUCUCGAGAGCAGCAGACAACGAGACGACAACGUUUUUACUGGGGGAAGUUUCUCCACAGCCCAGAAUCGCGUCAGAAAACUUGACCCGAUCCUCGUCCGCAGCCCUAGCCGCCCCGGGCGCUACAAUUUCUAGCGUGGCUGUGGAUACAACAAGAGGAAUGCAGCGUUCAACGUUAGGAACCGAACCCGUACGUCACAGUUUCGGUCGUGGUUUACCCGUGCCUCAUUAUCACCUGCCCGAUUCACGUUGGGGCCCAUUCUUUGAGGAAGGACAAGAGCCGUAUAAUAUAACUGCUAGGGUUGGAUCCACAGUAAGGCUGGACUGUCGCAUUGGACUUCUACAGGAUAAAACGGUGACAUGGUUGCAUCACAAAGAAGACUCCAUUCACUUGUUAACGGUAGGACGGAGCGCGUAUAGCAGCGACGAACGUAUAACACUUAGUUUUCGCUACCCUAACAACUUUAGACUAGAAAUUGUGUACGUCACACGCAGGGAUGAAGGGCUAUACGAAUGUCAAGUCGCAACGCAUCCCCCAAAAGUAAAGAGACUGUUCCUCAAAGUCACAGCUCCAGAGUUGACGAUCGUCGACGAAUCUGGUCGUGAAGUAACGGAGAGGUAUUAUAAAGCGGGAAGCGCACUGGAAUUAACCUGUAUCGCUACUCAAGUUGGAGGAGCCGGGGAAAAUCGUCCUAUAACGUGGAGACAAGGUGAUCGCACUUUAACUAUGGGAAUAAGCUCCAACAAUUCCAACAUCUCGACAGGGACGGACAUGGUUGUAUCCACCCUCACAGUGGCCCCUCUACAAAAGCGUCAUUCCGGAAACUACACGUGCGCCGUUGGAACGUUAGCUUUUGCAACUGUCGCAGUACACGUUCUUAACGGCCGUGGUAAUAGCGCUGUCAGAGACCGUGAAUCAAAUCAAAGAUAA